UGGGAGAAGAACACAGAGACAUUGCUCCACUUCUCCGCAAGACCUUCUCACCACAACCUGCAAACAGACCCUCUGUCCAACAGGUUUUAUCAAAGCUCAUGGAACUGGAGAUGUGAACUACAUAGACAAGUGCAGAACACUACUGUUUUUAAACUCACAGUUUCAUUUUUGACAAUGAUUAGCUACAGUGCAACGUCCAAAUAAUGGACACAGUGAGGGCGAAUGUUUUGUGCAUUAUUGUGUUUGGAGGUU